AGAGGGAGGUCUGAGGAAGGAGGCAACCAGGAGCUGCUUAUUCUUGUGGAAAUCCCGGAGCCUCCUGGUACAGACAGCGUUUCCUACUUUCCCUGCGGCUCUUUUGUGUGACUUUGAGAGGGGCUCCCUGGUGACUGAUUCCUCUCUGUGCACUCGCCUCAGCGAGCAGCCAGGCUCUGGGAGGGAGGACCCAAGCUCAGCAGUGGCAGAGGCAGCCAGCACAGACCUCAACGGUGCUGGAACCGGCAUGCGGUUUUUGAAGUCAGCAAAACCAGAAAUCAAAUUACUAUCAUCUUAUGCUGCUGGAAGCUUAAAGAGAGGGGAUUCCACACUGGCUCAGUCACCAUGCGACAGGCGAGUCACAGGAUAGCGGACCCUGGCGACAACGAAUGUAAGUUCCUGGGCUGCUGUCUUUUACUGCUGUGGGAUUUUCUUUCUGCUUAAAGUCACGCUUGGCCACGAUGCCGUCAUUGCCGUGAGAAUUUCUGAUGUGGAAAGUUCUGCUGCUCUUCGGCUCGCGUUUUCCUUUCAUUAACUAAGCCAGAAAUACAAGCUCAAAUUCCUGACCGCGGCUGAGGCACUUCUGCCUGAGACUAAGAAGGGUUAACCCAAGAAUAUUCAGUUAGGAUGGCAUUAACACUGUGUAGGUUUUUAAUUGACUUCCUUAAUUGAUAUAGAGGGCACACUGCCCUCCCUCCUCGUUUGGAUCUCAUGCUGUUUUAACUUUGUGAUGGCUGAACUCUUGGAAGCAGCAUAUUCAACCCGAGAAUUAGCUGAAAGAUUUUCACCGGAUACAAAACUUUUCUUCCUUAACCAGGAACACGUUUGUGUCCCCGAAUACUCAAAGUGCUUUUUUGGCCUUUGCUUCCGUGAGAAGUUACAGCUCAGCCGUGGGCUCUCCCUAGCACCGUGAAGGGAGGCAUAAUCAAGAGGCAUCACACUUCUGUAACUCUUACUAUGGAAGAGGAGAAGACAGCCAGAGGAGCCACACAUGUUCUCUGCUUCAGCACGUCCUAGUGCCAGGGCACGAAGAUGAAUGGUGAGCCCAGGCUAUGACUCGAUAGUCUCUCCACACUUCAUCUGCUACAACUUCCGGCUUAGACAUGGAAAUUCUUUGUGAAGACAAUAUCUCUCUGAGCUCAAUUCCAAACUCCUUAAUGCAAUUAGGCGAUGGCUCGAGGCUCUACCAUAAUGACUUCAACUCCAGAGACUAACACUUCGGAAGCAUCGAACUGGACAAUUGAUGCUGAAAACAGAACCAACCUCUCCUGUGAAGGGUACCUCCCACCGACAUGCCUCUCCAUUCUUCAUCUCCAGGAAAAAAACUGGUCUGCUUUAUUGACAACUGUCGUGAUUAUUCUCACCAUUGCUGGAAAUAUACUGGUCAUCAUGGCAGUGUCCCUAGAGAAAAAGCUGCAGAAUGCCACCAACUAUUUCCUGAUGUCACUUGCCAUAGCUGAUAUGCUGCUGGGUUUCCUUGUCAUGCCUGUGUCCAUGUUAACCAUCCUGUAUGGGUACCGGUGGCCUUUGCCUAGCAAGCUCUGUGCGAUCUGGAUUUACCUGGAUGUGCUCUUUUCUACGGCAUCCAUCAUGCACCUCUGUGCCAUCUCCCUGGACCGCUAUGUCGCCAUCCAGAACCCCAUUCAUCACAGCCGCUUCAACUCCAGAACCAAAGCCUUCCUGAAAAUCAUUGCCGUGUGGACCAUAUCUGUAGGUAUAUCCAUGCCGAUCCCAGUCUUUGGACUACAGGAUGACUCAAAGGUCUUUAAGGAGGGGAGCUGCCUGCUCGCCGAUGACAACUUUGUCCUCAUAGGCUCUUUUGUGGCAUUUUUCAUCCCCCUAACCAUCAUGGUGAUCACCUACUUCCUGACUAUCAAGUCACUUCAGAAAGAAGCCACCUUGUGUGUGAGUGACCUCAGCACUCGAGCCAAACUAGCCUCCUUCAGCUUCCUCCCUCAGAGUUCUCUGUCAUCAGAAAAGCUUUUCCAACGGUCCAUCCACAGAGAGCCAGGCUCCUACGCAGGCCGAAGGACGAUGCAGUCCAUCAGCAAUGAGCAAAAAGCGUGCAAGGUGCUGGGCAUCGUGUUCUUCCUGUUUGUUGUAAUGUGGUGCCCAUUCUUCAUCACCAAUAUCAUGGCCGUCAUCUGCAAAGAAUCCUGCAAUGAAAAUGUCAUCGGAGCCCUGCUCAAUGUGUUUGUCUGGAUUGGUUAUCUCUCCUCAGCUGUCAAUCCACUGGUAUAUACGUUGUUCAAUAAAACUUAUAGGUCCGCCUUCUCAAGGUACAUUCAGUGUCAGUACAAGGAAAACAGAAAGCCACUGCAGUUAAUUUUAGUGAACACUAUACCAGCAUUGGCCUACAAGUCUAGUCAGCUCCAGGUGGGACAAAAAAAGAACUCACAGGAAGAUGCUGAGCAGACAGUUGAUGACUGCUCCAUGGUUACACUGGGAAAACAACAGUCGGAAGAGACUUGUACAGACAAUAUUGAAACCGUGAAUGAAAAGGUUAGCUGUGUGUGAUGAACUGGAUGCUAUGGCAAUUGCCCAGGGCAUGUGAACAAGGUUAUACCCAUGUGUGUGGGGCGGGGAUAAGGAGGCUGCAACAAAUUAGACUACUCCAGUCGACCAACUAUAAUGUCCUGACAGCAUUGGAGCUAGGAGUGUUACGAUGCUUUAAUCAUUGCCAAUGAGAUCUCUAAAACCAUUGGCCUUUUGUGCAAUUGUAAUGAGGCAUAAAAUGCAUCUAAUUAACUUCUAUUGUCAAAUACGAACCUGGCUGCCAUGUUGUGGAUGGGUAGCAUGGGAGUGAGUUGGUGACCUAUUAUUGUAUAUAAAAGUAGCUAGAAAUACUGAAAAUAAUGAAUAGCUU